AUUGCUGAACAGAAACAAGAUGGCUGCGCCCAUGAACCUAGCAACUGCCGCUGCCAGCGGAAACAUAAACCUCGUCAGGUCCCUAGUGGCCCAGGGUGCUGACGUCAAUCAGAGGUCUAGUGAUGGCUUCACACCGCUGUGCAAUGCGGCCUUUUGGGGCUACAGUGACAUAGUGGAGUAUCUCUUAAGACAUGGUGGCGAUGUGAAUCAGAGCAACAGCGGUACACGGUGGACAGCCAGCCAUUGUGCUGCGUUCCAGGGCCACGGCAAAGUCCUGAUGAAGCUCAUGGAGAGUAAACCUGACCUCGCCAUGAGAGACAACAGAGGAAGGACUGCUGUGGACUUUGCAUCAGCGCUGGAGAUCAUCUGGCCGUUCUUUGCAGCAGAAGGAUGCAAACGAACACCCAAAGCAGAGCUCAUCCGUCUGGAGAUUGUACACAAGGUGAAAGACUACGAUCCUAGCAUACCUCAGACAGACUUGGCACAUUUCUCCCGGCCGGGGUCAGCCUACGCCAUGAGGUCCCAAUCACUGAGGGGGGACGGGAACAAACACAAGACAUAUGCAGCUCAGAUGGGUGACGUCUUAGCGGAGGAAGACGAAGGUGUCGGCAAACCUCAGGAUCCAUCCUUUAACAUAUGGAGGAGUUGAUGGAAGAAGGAGCAAAGAGGCAAGACUUGUGCUCAAGCCUGGACACGUGUCUGCAGAUCACAGUGAACAGUGGAGAUAUGUUGUGUGCAAUAGCUCAAACGUCUGGAAAAAAGACUAACCUAAAGUGCCUUCAUGUAAUACUACACACAAUAUUAAAGGACCCAUGCAUUGUAAUUUUUUUAUGCAGUCCU